AUGGCGGAUUCCGAGGUCGAUUUGACCGACGAUCAGAUUCAACAGCUGCUCCUUGAGGCAGAGACCCGUCUGCGAGGCCCCGUGCAGACGUCUACCCCUCAACGGUUACCCAAGCUCUCAUCGGGACCUUCUCUCGAACCGUAUGUCCGCGAGGAUGACGAGAUCGUCACAAUUCAUCCGGCCCAUCUCGUCGAUCCCAAACAAAAAGCCCUGUCGGUCUCCUUGCGCUCGGUAGCGACGAAGCAGCCCAGCAAAGACAAACCUACAGCUGGGCCCAGUUGGUUCAAUCUGCCCAAGACGGAGUUGACUGCCGAACUCAGGAGGGAUCUUCAGCUCCUUCGCAUGCGUUCCGUGUUGGACCCCAAACGGCAUUACAAGAAGGAAAAUGGCAAGGCCAAGCCACCCGAGUUUUCUCAGGUGGGGACCAUCAUUGAGGGCCCAACGGAGUUCUUCAGUGGCCGCAUUGCAAAGAAGGACCGAAAGAAGACUUUUGUCGAGGAGACCAUGGCGCUGGAGCGGCAGAACAGGCGCUUUGCAUCCAAGUAUCAGGACAUCCAGCACACGAAACAGAGUGGAAAGAAGUCUUUCUACAAGAACCUACAGGCAAAGAGGAGCCGAAAGAACAAGUGA